AUGUCCUUAAACAAAGUGGAGAAACCCGAAAAACAAGAAGAUCCAAAGAAUCCAGAUGCCCCAGAAGAUCCAGAAAGAGAAGAACCAGAAGCCCCAGAGAACCAGAGGUAUUGUGUUUUUCAAAAACAUAGUACUACGCAAUACUAG